AUGUGUCCCGGUGAAGAUGAUAACCUACACCGGUCAGAAACCAUCUUUCAACAAAGGCAUCUCUUGUGUCACGCGGGAGAAGGAUUUUCUGGAGAGAAGAAUGUGACGGAGAAACUUUUAUCAGAUUACGGUCCUAUAUCAGCCCGUCCUUUACGAAAUUCUUCAAAACCAAUUGUAGUCUUCUUCAGGGCACUGCUAAGAGAACUCAUAUCUUUUGACGAAACCAACCAAGUUAUCACGCUCUUAAUCUAUGUUAGAUUGACUUGGGUAGAUGAGUACCUACGGUGGGACCCUGCCGGAUACAACAGGACUCUACUAAUGAUUCCGAAGAACAUAUGGUUACCUGAACUAACAUUGGAUGAAAAUGUGGAUCGAGAUUUCAUAAGUUCUCCGAGUACCUACGCAACGGCCACAUCAGAUGGAACUGUCAACUGGUACUUCCCUGCCGUUAUCACCACAACCUGUAAGGUCGAUGUUCGUUUCUUUCCUUUCGAUAUCCAGGAAUGCACUCUUACGUUUCUCCCGUGGACGAUGGACGAGAGUAUGAUGAUGCUUCGGUUCCCUGACGGUGAAGACGCGACGCAAGACAUCUACCAACGCAACGGUAUCUGGCAUCCAUCCUCGUUCAGUGCUAAGAACGUCAGUAUCUCUUACAUCUGCUGUGAGUACCCUUGGUCACAUGUCAUCUACACACUUCGGCUCCGGAGAGAAUCGAGAUUCUUUAGAGAGACCAUCAUCCUUCCUUCCGUUCUCUUGACCGUGCUCAUGGCAACAGUAUCAUGGCUUCAUCCUGCUUCAGGCGAGAAGAUGACAUUGGCAGUCAGUAAUCUACUAGCUCUCAUCCUCUUUCAGCAGCUUGUAGCAGAUAGUAUGCCACCCAUUGGAGAUAAUACGUCCAUCAUCGUUACAUUUUUCUUCAUUAUGAUCGCUCUUGGAUGUGCAUCGGUUGUCUUUUCUGUGAUCGUCCUCCGGAUCUAUCAUAAUGGUGGUGACAAACCAUUGCCUCGUUGGAUCGGAAACAUCAUUUAUCGUUGUAGUGGCUGUACUCUGAUUUUUGGUCGGGUCAGGUUGCAAGCAGCUCUAAAAGCCAUGAUGUCAGAAGCACCACAAGUCACCUUCAUCAACCAAAUUUCACUAAGGAGCACACCCAAUAGCAAACCAUCUCAGGAACCAAUCCCGGACGUUUCUCAUCCAGAGGGUAAAGCAACGAAACAGAAGGCAGAAAAUAGCCAACUCCCACGAGGAUUUUUAGAAAAGGAAACGAUCGAUAGCACCUACGAGAAGAAUGCUACGAUGUGGCGAGAGACAGCCCUGGUCUUCGACAAGAUCUUUGGAUUGGUCCAGUUCUUAGUAAUCAUUGGUGCAUGUCUUUAUAUGUUAAUAGGCUAUGUGACGGCUGACCCAUCUGCAACAAUCUAGUCGAUUCUGAUCCUAGUCAAAAUCAUCUCCUCUGUCUUAACGACAAUGAAAUUAGCUACCUUUAAUCUUAGACUAUUCUCCUUUCCAGAGCUACCCGAAACUGGAGUCAAAGCAAAAUGCCUGGAGUCGAAAUUUCAUAUACUGAAACAUCUUAAUUUGAUUUGGAAUAAAGUUUCAUUCACAAAUACAUGGUAGGUGAAUCUUCUCCAGAUAUGUUUUUGGUGGUUGAAGGGCGGACUGGACUAAGAAGUCAAUAUAAUUAUUUUUUUUAUAAAACUGUAAACCCUGUAGACGAAUCUCCUUUUCUAUCUGGUUUACUUUACUUUAUUUACAGGGCAAAUCUAUUACAGAAUUUCGAAGCACACUGCAAUGUUGAUCGUUUGCUUGGCUCAAUAAUUUGAUUAUAUACAUAUUUUUUUUUUGUUCACUGAAUUGUUAUCAUCUUUACAGCUUCUGUACAGGUAAUGCCAUUUGGAUAUUACGAUUCGUUUUAAGUGAUUUAGUAAUACGUUCUAAUUUAUUUAAUGGUUGAAAUAGAACAAGAAAGGGUAUUAUGACACAUAUAUAUUCAUAUACUUACUUUUCUAACUACGGUUGUUUUAUUCACCUUGUAUUUUGCUUUAUACUA